GGUCAAAUAGCCGUUAACGCGGCGCGGACACACCACACCGUCACCAUCACCGCCACCGGCGUACUCCGACUGAGUAAAAGUCAAGAUGGCGACCGAUGGUCAGUUCGAAUAUGAGUCGAUCCUCUGUGUCAAACCUGAAGUCAACGUUUACCGAAUUCCACCGAGAACAUCUAACCGGGCUAUCAGGGCUGCUGAUUGGAAGCUGGAUGCUCCUGACUGGACGGGACGCAUGCGUGUGACGGCCCGGGGCAAAGUAGCCUACGUGAAAUUGGAAGACAAAGUCUCUGGGGAGCUUUUUGCCCAAGCACCAGUGGACGAGUAUCCUGGAGUUGCAGUGGAAACAGUUAGUGACUCAAGCCGUUACUUUGUGCUGCGCAUCAUGGACGACAACGGCCGCACUGCAUUCAUAGGCAUUGGGUUUGGAGACCGAAGCGAUGCCUUCGACUUCAACGUCGCACUUCAGGACCACUUUAAGUGGGUGAAACAGGAAACUGAAUUUAGCAAGCAGGCUCAGGCUCCAGACUCCACUCCAAAGCUGGACCUGGGCUUCAAAGAAGGACAGACCAUUACUCUGAACAUUGGGCAAUCGAAAAAGAAGGACAGGUCUCGUCCACAGAGUUCAGGCGGCUUUGGGCUCCUUCCGCCUCCCCCUGGGGGCAAACUGGCUCCACCCCCUUCUUCCAGAUCAACAAAUCAUAACACACAACCAUCAGCAGGAGGAAGUGAUUCUGGUAGGUAACAGUCCAACAACAACCCCAUGUUUAAUCUUCACCUCAAUUUACAAUGUUAUGAGGUUAAGAAAAGAUAUAAAGGAGGAUUCAGAACGAGGGCUGCGGUAUAUCAUAUCGUCCAGUAUGAUACCAGAAUAAAUUUUUACGUGAUCUAAAACCGUUGUAUCGUGAUAUCAGCGAUAGAGUGGUGCCACAUGUUUACAUUCCCUAGCAUGCACAAUAAGAAAACAAGCCCAGGCAUGUCUGACUGCGAGAGUUGCAUGUCAGCUUCCGAUGAUGAUUUAGUAAAAGAGGGAGCUACUUCACUAAACUCCAUCACAGCACAAUGGAAGCAACAAACUUGUUUCACCACUCGAGGCAAAAACAGAUCGUUGAGUUCAAGAAGGCUGCAAAGGUGGAGAUGCUAGCAGCUGUUGAUGUGCAGCCCAAAAGUAAAACAAAGGAGUCACCUGAGCAUAGCUGGAGCACUCGCUGUCUAUACUCCAUAUGACAGGAAGAGCGUAUGUGGAUGGAAAUUACUGAUGCAGUUACUCUGUAGAAAAGUAGAGCUUUAAGGAGCUGGUUAAAAGUUCUACUCAAGAUAGAACAUCCCGGUUGAAAUGCAAUGCUGUUAAGUUUCAGUUUUAUAACAUGACAAAUCUGUGCACAGUUCUAAAGAGUUUCAAGUUGUGAAUUUUUUUUAAACACUGCAUAGGCUUCUUCAGCACUUACAUUUGACUUAAUACUGUGUCACUACUACGCUCAAAAUGAUGCUUGCAAUUCCACCAGGUGCAGCGCAGCAGCUCUGGUCUGCGAUACUUAAAAUAGCAUCGGGUCAGUUUUUUUAUAGAACGACUGUCAAGCUGCACAGAGCCAAUAAGGAGGGCAGGAAGUCAGGUAUAGAAAUCUGGCCAGUUUUCAAAAUAAUAGACCGCAUGCACAGUUUUCUGAAACUCUCCUGUUGUGAUUUGAAGCCGUGCUAAAGGCAACAGAAAACCUCACUCGAGACACAGUCUCACAGACAAGCGGCAGGUGUAUUUCAGGUGUUAAUGUGAAGGUCGUGAAUCUGUGCACUUUG